CAAAAACAUGCUCAAGCUUACAAGGCUUACUCACCUACAGAGCUUCCAGUAUUUUUGGACCACCUCAAAACUCUGAAAUUGUUCUGGGAUACCAAUUCAAGGACCCCCAACAGUUUUUCUCUCUUGCACUGGAAUAAAAAACCGCUCGUGGUUAUUACAAGCAAAGUCGCUUGCAAGUUAGUCGAGCUUGCCACGUCUACUUCCAUAGCGCUUUUCCCGUUGGCCUCACCUGGGCCUCACCUGGCAUUUUCCGGGUCUUCCAUCGUGACACUUCCUUGAAGUCGGAAGUGAAGGUCGGAAACCCCUCGUAAGCGAUGGGGCAAAUGGCGACAGACGAGCCACCUGCCAAUCCCGGCGCACUCUUGAAAGGCUCAACAUCGAACCUCAAGCACAAUGCGUCGGACUCCGCCACCACAGCUCUCGACAUGCAGCCCCCAAGCUUUGCAGCCUGGUCCCCCGGCCCUUUUAUGACCGAAGUCAACGACGAGCAGAGCCUUCAUAAGAAGGUUGUGGAAUUCAUAACGAAGAUGACCCACGUAGUUUUGAGGUCAAGGAUUGGCCCUCUCGACCAGCUGCAGCCUCCCGCUCCAUCAGCAAACUUCCGCGAACAGUUGGCAUAUAUCGACGGCAAUGCUCUUCUUGGACAUACUGACUUCUGGCGGAAUACCAUGCCCGUCAACCUGGAUAUCUUCAUAAACGAUACGAAAGUGCUUCUGGAGAGAUGGGUCAUUUCCCAUGAGUCUUUCCCGGACUUGGCGAAGCCUCACGAAGAAAGGUUCUCUUUGAAGAAAGCGGACUUGACGGACCUCAUGCUUUUGGUGCAAUCGCUGUAUUCAUAUAUCCGGCUGAUGCCUUUGCACGCUAUUCUGGCGGAUAGCGUGCAACUCGAGAAGCGGGAUCUCAGAUACUGCGUUUCCACGGCGGAUGGAUGCUCGUUUUCGCCGAGCUUUGACCAAAAUGGGCACAUUCAUUCGGCACUUCUCAAAGUUCUCGGGAAAGCGGCAGACGCAAACGGUGGAGACAGCGGAGAUGACUCCUCCGGCACCGGUCGGUCGUCCAGGUUGGGUUCUGUCAUGUCGUCGCCGCAAACGACAUUGCCGUCGGUGGAAGAAGACUGGAUGACUUCAAAUUACAGGAGAUCGGAAUCAUCGGACUACUUUGGCACUGGGUCCUGCCACAGCUCUGCAGCUUCGUCAUCCCCUCCCUCGUCUCCCUCCGCUUUUGUGCCCGUCGCAUUUGACAUGUCUGCGAAGCUCAAAGUGUACAAAUUCAAAGCAGCCUCCACCAACCGAGGGAGAUUGCAUCUGUCGGUCGUAUACGACUCGAGCGUUGGCGGGCUUGUCACUCCGACCUUGACAUCGUCCAGGUUGGGUACAAGCCCGGUCAAGGCGUCCCCAACGAAGCCACUCAUGAAGGCGAAGGAAUCCGCUGCAGACAACAGUAACGCUCAGGUUUGAUUGCGAUUACCACCGUCUUUCCAUUCCCCUGUUACUUUUCACAUGUUGCUAAAUCGUCAUAUACCCUACGAAUCCAGCAAUCAACGGAUAAGGAUCU